AUGGCAGCAACACAUCUCAUCGAGGACUAUAUCUCAUCACACCACACAGACGUCAUGCCAUCAGCUGCCUCAAAAAAGACCGGAAAGGUCAAGCCGGUGCCGGUGGAUGAGGAUAUCCAUUCAGAUGAUGUAAACUCAGGACCAGAUUCUGGCUCUGAUUCAGACGACUCCAAUCACUCAGACUGGGACUCGGAUUCACUGGAUAGCGACAGCCCCAGAAAACGCCGCCGAACAGAACCAAAAGAUGUUCAAGUCGUCGACGACGACGACAACGAUGAUGAUGAAGAUGAUGUCCCAAAAGUCAUCCAGUCUGCCUACAGCGUAGCGUCACGCAUCAAGCCUCAAAAAUCCCAGGCCGACAAAGAGGCCGAGGCCGUAAAGGCGACCCUCCCGGAGCCCACCACCGGGGUCACGGUCUCUACCGACUCCAACACCACCUUCGAGUCCCUAGGAGUCCGCCCGUGGCUGGUUCAGUCCCUCGCCAACAUGGCUAUCAAACGGCCCACCGCCAUUCAAAGAGAAAGCAUCCCCAUGCUUCUCAAAGGAAGAGACUGCAUCGGUGGCAGUAGGACAGGUUCCGGCAAAACAGUCGCCUUUUCAGUCCCCAUCCUUCAACAAUGGGCCGAGAAUCCAUCGGCCAUCUUUGGCGUCAUUCUCACUCCUACUCGUGAACUCGCCCUCCAAAUCUUCGAACAAGUCAAGGCCAUCUCCUCCCCUCACUCCCUCAAAGCAAUCCUCGUCACUGGAGGCGCAGACAUGCGGGCCCAGGCCAUCGCCCUCGCCCAAAGGCCACACAUCGUCAUCGCCACCCCCGGCCGUCUAGCCGACCACAUCCGCACUUCCGGCUACGACACAGUCUGCGGCUUGGGUCGCGUGAGAUUCGUCGUGCUAGACGAAGCAGACAGGUUGCUUGCCGACAACGGUCCUGGUUCCAUGCUCCCAGACGUGGAAGAGUGUCUCUCCGCCUUGCCACCGGCCGAGAAACGGCAGACACUCUUGUUCACCGCUACCAUCACCCCGGAAGUCAUGGCUCUCAAGAAUAUACCCAGAAAACCUGGGAGAGAGCCGGUGUUUGUGUGUGAAGUUGACACGGAGAAGUUGGCGAUUCCACCAACGCUUAAGCAGAUGCAUUUACAGGUUCCUGUUACACACAGGGAGCACUACUUGCACAUGUUUUUGCUGACGGAGCAAAACGUCGACAAGAGCAUUAUUAUCUUUUGCAACAGGACGUCAACAGCUGAUUUCCUCCAUCAUUUACUUCGGUUGUUGGACCAUAGGGUAACGAGUCUACACUCUAAACUGCCCCAACGGCAGCGGAUAGACAACCUGGGCAGAUUCAGAGCGUCGGCCGCAAGGAUUUUGGUGGCGACGGAUGUGGCGGCCAGAGGUUUGGAUAUUCCUGAAGUGAAGAUGGUGAUCAACUAUGAUAUCCCGAGAGAUCCAGAUGAUUACAUUCAUCGCGUCGGUCGCACGGCCAGAGCGGGAAGGAAGGGCGAUGCGGUCACGUUUGUUGGGCAGAGGGAUGUUGAUUUGGUGCUGGCGAUUGAGGAGAGAGUGGGGAGGAAGAUGGAGGCGUGGGAGGAGGAGGGCGUGAACUUGGAGACGAGGGUGGUGAGGGAGGCGUUGAAGUUGGUGAGCGAGAAGAAGAGGGAGGCGUUGCUGGAGUUGGAGGAGGGGAAGGAGGUUGGCGGGAAGAGGAAGAGGGGGAUGGAGAAGCUGAGGGCUACUUGA